AUGGAUGAUCUUGAGUCCUUGGAGCUCUUUUCCCUUGUCUCGAAAGUCACCACUGAGCUCCAAAACCAUCUCGGAGUUAACGACAAAACCCUCGCCGAGUUCGUGAUCGACCAACAUUUGAAAUGCAGUUCGCUUGCAGAAUUUAGAAGUAUUCUCGAUGACAUCGGAGCCGAUUUCCCACAGAGCUUGAUCGAGAGUAUAGAUCGCCUGGUCUUGACGCUGCACCCAAAGUUCAAGGGUAAAAAGGAGUCCGCAAAGGGCACCGGACAGAAUGGAAACAGUGAAGGGUUGGACGAAGUUGAAAAGAAAGCGCGUGUCUUCAAAGGUCUAGCGGUUCCUGAUAAAGUGCCACAGUGGGAGGAUGAUGGAGGUGAUGCCGCUACACCUGUGGAACCCGCUUCGAAGCAUGAUGCGACUGCGGGCGCAAUGGAUGAUACUUUUGCGAUGUUGGAAGGUUUGGCGGGGAAAGCAAGAGAGCGUAAAAGCGCAGUGAAUACCAGGAAGAGAAGCAGGAGCCCCGGUGGUGACGAAUACGAUGGGGGCAUAUCGUGGAGGGACAGGUACCGGUCGAGGUCUAGAUCACAGAGCGCAGAAAGGACACGGCGAAAACAGGAGGGUCUGGAUGAAUUUGGCAGAACUUCGAAACACAGGGCUAAAAACGACAGAUACAAUAAUGGUUUUGGCGAAAACAGAAGGCGGCGGGAUCACGAUGAUGAGGAAUUCUUCAAACGGCCUCCGACCCCUGAACUCGAUGACCAACCUAUUCUCUUCAAGAUCUACGAUGGGAGGGUCACAGGGAUAAAGGACUUCGGUGCAUUUGUGAACCUCUUGGGCGUCAAGGGGAAAGUUGAUGGACUUGUACACGUAUCCGCUAUGCAAGUCGGUGCACGAGUUAACCACCCGUCUGACCUUGUCUCCAAGGGCCAACCCGUUAAGGUGAAGGUUAUCACUAUACAGGGGAGCCGGAUAGGCUUAUCUAUGAAGGAGGUUGAUCAGAGUACUGGUCGCGAUCUCGCGCCACAAAAACGCCUUGCUUCCGGUGCCAAUAUGGAACGACUCAAUGGAACUGGUUCAGACGACCGCUAUGGGAAUCUGAGCACCCCUGUUCCCAUCAUCGAGGAUGAUGAUGGCAGACCAUUGAAAAACCGAAAGCGCUUAAAUUCUCCGGAAAGAUGGGAGAUAAAGCAAUUAAUUGCGUCUGGUGCCGUUUCCGCUGCCGAUUACCCGGAUAUCGACGAAGAAUACCAUGCCACCCUUACCGGAGAAGGGGAUUUCGAGGAGGAAGAGGAUGUUGAUAUUGAAGUUAGAGACGAAGAACCUCCGUUCCUAGCUGGCCAAACGAAACAAUCCCUUGAACUCUCCCCGAUUCGUGUCGUUAAGGCUCCAGAUGGCUCACUUAACCGCGCUGCUAUGGCUGGUACAAAUUUGGCCAAGGAAAGAAGAGAGCUACGCCAACAAGAAGCUCAGGACAAGGCUGCUGAGCAGGCUGCCGGAGUUGACCUCAAUGUUCAGUGGCAUGAUCCUAUGGUAGCACCGGAAGAAAGGAAGUUCGCUGCAGAUCUGCGGAAUGCCCAAGUCACCAAAACAACUGAUACUUUACCUGAAUGGAAAAGAGUAACGCAGAGUAAAGACCAGUCUUAUGGGAAGAGGACAAACAUGACAAUGAAACAACAACGUGAAAGUCUUCCUGUUUUCAAAUUCCGCAAACAGUUACUGGAGGCCGUGACGGAAAAUCAGCUCCUAAUCGUUGUUGGCGAUACUGGGUCUGGUAAAACUACGCAGCUAACACAAUAUCUUGCCGAGGGUGGAUUUGCAAAUAACGGCAUCAUUGGCUGUACUCAGCCCCGACGUGUAGCCGCAGUAUCCGUCGCGAAACGUGUAUCUGAGGAAGUCGGUUGUCGUUUAGGUGCAGAAGUUGGAUACACCAUCCGCUUUGAAGACUGCACUAGCCCCGAGACAAAGAUCAAAUAUAUGACAGAUGGUAUACUCCAGAGAGAAAUUCUUCUUGACCCUGACUUGAAGAAAUAUUCGGUUAUCAUGCUUGACGAGGCUCACGAGCGAACCAUCAGUACUGAUGUUCUCUUCGGCCUUCUCAAAAAGACCAUUCAACGACGACCUGACUUGAAGGUCAUCGUUACUUCAGCAACCCUAGACGCCGAUAAAUUCUCGGAAUAUUUCAACAUGUGUCCCAUCUUCUCGAUUCCGGGACGAACCUACCCUGUGGAAAUCAUGUACUCGAGAGAACCAGAAUCGGACUAUUUGGAUGCGGCUUUAGUCACAGUUAUGCAGAUACACUUGACAGAACCCGCCGGAGACAUCUUAUUAUUCUUAACUGGUCAAGAAGAGAUUGAUACUGCCUGUGAAAUCUUAUAUGAACGAAUGAAAGCGCUAGGGCCUAGUGUUCCCGAACUGAUCAUUUUGCCUGUCUACUCAGCUCUUCCUAGUGAGAUGCAGAGUAGGAUUUUCGAGCCUGCGCCUCCUGGAAGUCGAAAGGUUGUCAUCGCCACAAAUAUCGCGGAAACAUCAAUUACAAUAGACCAAAUAUACUAUGUAGUUGACCCUGGAUUUGUAAAGCAAAAUGCCUAUGACCCAAAACUUGGAAUGGAUUCCCUCGUUGUUACACCUAUAUCGCAGGCGCAGGCGAAGCAGCGAUCUGGACGGGCCGGAAGAACGGGCCCAGGUAAAUGUUUCCGUUUAUAUACCGAAGCAGCGUAUCAAUCAGAAAUGCUUCCAACCACUAUUCCCGAAAUUCAGCGCCAAAAUCUCUCACAUACAAUUCUUAUGUUGAAAGCCAUGGGCAUUAACGACCUUCUUCACUUCGACUUCAUGGACCCUCCCCCAACGAACACUAUGCUUACUGCACUUGAAGAACUAUACGCCCUUUCCGCUCUUGAUGACGAAGGUCUUCUAACGCGGCUGGGAAGGAAAAUGGCUGACUUCCCGAUGGAGCCUGCAUUGGCCAAAGUGCUAAUCGCCUCCGUCGAGAUGGGUUGCUCAGACGAAAUGCUCACCAUCGUCGCCAUGCUUUCAGUGCACAGCAUAUUCUAUCGGCCCAAGGAAAAGCAGCAACAAGCCGAUCAGAAAAAGGCAAAAUUUCACGACCCGCAUGGCGACCACCUCACCCUCCUAAACGUCUACAACGGGUGGAAGAAUUCACGUUUCAGCAGCCCUUGGUGUUUUGAGAACUUCAUACAGGCACGCCAGAUGCGCCGCGUGCAAGAUGUGCGCGAGCAACUGGUCACUAUCAUGGAACGCUAUAAACACAAAGUGGUCUCCUGCGGACGGAACACGACCAGAGUCCGACAAGCGCUCUGCUCAGGAUUCUUCCGGAACGCGGCGCGUAAGGACCCACAGGAAGGCUAUAAGACUUUGAUCGAAGGAACGCCUGUAUACAUGCAUCCUAGUUCCGCGCUGUUUGGGAAGGCGGCAGAACACGUCAUAUUCCACACUUUGGUCCUUACCACGAAGGAAUAUAUGCAUUGUACUACCAGCAUAGAGCCAAAGUGGCUCGUCGAAGCAGCGCCCACAUUCUUCAAAGUCGCGCCAACCAACCGUCUCUCGAAACGGAAGAGAGCAGAACGGAUCCAGCCGCUUCACAACCGAUUCGCAGGCGAUGAUGAUUGGCGGUUAUCAGCGCAAAGACGCCAAGGAAGGGGUGGUGGGGGUGGAACCUGGGGAUGA